GAAGGGGUGGCUGAUUCGACAGAGCCGAGCACUCCCGAAUGCGUUCGGUAGUAGAGCCGAGAUCACCGGAAGGUUGACACUCUUGUGUUUAGGGUGGGCAGGGCUCCGGAUUGAGCCGAACCGAGGAUGCUGCAACAUCGAACCGCUUGCGCAAGACAGGAUUGGGUUCUUUAAAGUCCGCCUAAGUGAAUAGGCAGGAAAGGCGAACCUCGGAAAUUCGACAUGGGAGGGUCUGGGUUCCAAGUUUCUAAAAGAGGGUGUGGCUUGAGCAAACCGCCAAUCUACGUUGAGGUUCGGGACUUGAUGGACACACCCGAAAGAAGACACCCACUUUGCGAAAAGGGCGGUGCACCGCUAUGGCGGGAGGAGACGUGAUGCGGUGGCACGCAUUGGCCGAGAUGAUGGUCACCAGGAACUGAGGGGGAGCAGAACAGUGGGACCUGGGAGGAUGCUGGUGGUGGAGGUUGCUAAUGGCCGCUCACUGGUGUGGGGAGCUGAGGCCGUGCAGGCGUUGCGGGAGCGCCUGGGAGUCGGGGGCCGCACGGUGGGCGCCCUGCCCCGCGGGCCCCGCCAGAACUCGCGCCUGGGCCUCCCGCUUCUGCUGUUGCCGGAGGAAGCCCGGCUUCUAGCUGAGAUAGGCGCCGUGACGCUCGUCAGCGCCCCGCGCCCGGAUCCCCGCAACCAUGGCUUGGCCCUAGCAUCGUUCAAACGCCAGCAAGAGCAGAGUUUCCAGGAGCAAAGCACUUUGGCAGCCGAGGCCCGUGAGACCCGUCGUCAGGAGCUCCUAGAGAAGAUAGUAGAGGGCCAGGCUGCCAAGAAGCAGAAGCUGGAGCAGGAUUCAGGGGCGGAUGAAGGCCAAGAAGCCAGUGGAAGCGAAGCUACCCAAGGGAGUGAAACCAGUGAUGAUGGCCAGGCGGCCAAGAAGCAGAAGCUGGAGCAGGAUUCAGGGGCAGAUGAAGGCCAAGAAGCCAGUGGGAGCAAAGCUACCCAAGGGAGUGAAACCAGUGAUGAUGGCCAGGCUUCUGCGGAGCAGGAGGGAGCAGACUCGUCAUCCCCCCCAGACUCUUCAUCUCCCCAACCAGGGCCUUCAAACGGGGUGACCCCCUUGCCCAGGUCAGCCCUGCUCAUCCAGCUGGCCACUGCCAGGCCUCGGCCGGUAAAGGCUAAGCCUCUGGACUGGCGUGUGCAGUCCAAAGACUGGCCCCAUGCUGGCCGCCCUGCCCACGAGCUGCGCUACAGCAUCUACCGAGACCUGUGGGAGAGAGGCUUCUUCCUCAGCGCAGCUGGGAAGUUCGGUGGUGACUUCCUGGUCUAUCCUGGUGACCCGCUGCGAUUCCACGCUCACUACAUUGCUCAAUGCUGGGCUGCUGAGGACCCCAUCCCACUUCAGGACCUGGUCUCUGCCGGCCGCCUGGGAACCAGUGUCAGAAAGACCCUGCUUCUCUGCUCCCCUCAGCCUGAUGGGAAGGUGGUCUACACCUCCCUACAGUGGGCUAGCCUGCAGUAAGCUGCAGAUUGAGGGGGGUGUGGCUAUGUGUCCAAGAACCCUCCUAGAUGGUCAACUCCUCCUUCUCACCCCUCAUCUUGCAUGGAGGCUUGUGUUCUCCCACCUUGCCUGAUUCCAGAGUUUUGAACACUAAAUACUUUAUAGUUUUUUUUUUCCUGUUUUAAGGCGCUUACUAGCUGUUUUAUUUUUCUGUCUCCAAACUGUGAGCUUGUUCAGAGUUGAGACUGCUCUUAUUUGGCUUUUCUGUUUUCUAAAGGGUAGUUCUCAAUAAAUUUGUUGAAUAAAUGUUCGUAUUUUGAGUCCUUACAA